CCCUUAUCCCCUGUAUUUUGUUUCCCUCCUUUUCUCCUUUUUAGAUUUUACAACUGUUGAAUAGUAUACUUUUGCAAGCAUCCUAAGCUAGGUGUUUAACUUAAGUAAAAUUGGGAAUGUGUUGUUGAACUGAAUACAAUCUCCAAAUCUUCUUCACCGGGGAAACACAGGAAACACAGAAACGGACUCUUUAAGAGCCUAAGAAAAACGAAAAUGGUGAGUGGGGCAGCCUCAGCAUGCUAUUCUGACAAAGAGAGAGAGAGAGGGACCAAUGUGAAUAAAAUCAAUACACUGCAAACUUAUGGACCUUAAACUCAAUAGGCCAGAUAGGCGAUUCCUCUGUCUCUGACUCUGCUUCUAUCUUGUUUUCCUCCCCUAAUUAUACACUGCAAACAGCUCUGUUUACUUAAAGUUGAGAUAGUACCACGUCAGUCUUUUUUUCUCAUCUUAUACCUUGAUAAGCUAAGCUCCCUUCAGCAUUAUAUCAACUUCACUUCUGCCUGAGACUCAAAACCAGCUCAAGAUUUACAAGAAGAAUCCAUGGGCUUCAAGAGGAGCAAUUCCCACUGCUUCAGCUUUCUCCUUCUUGUUUUCCUUAUGGUUCCUUCACUAGCUCUCAACACUGAUGGGGUCCUCUUGCUUUCUUUCAAACAUGCCAUCCUCAGUGACCCAUUGUCAGUCUUGCAAAGCUGGAACCGUGAUGAUAAAACGCCAUGCGCAUGGACAGGAGUAACCUGCACUGAAAUUGGGCUUCCAGGAACACCAGAUAGGUUAAGGGUGACCAGCUUGGUUCUCCCUAACAGCCAUCUUCAUGGUUCAAUAUCGGAAGACCUUGGCCAUAUUCAACACCUUAGCCACUUGGAUCUAUCAAGCAACAGUUUUAAUGGAACUUUGCCAAGCUCCAUCUUUAACUCAACUGAGCUUCAGGUACUCUCUUUGUCCGGUAAUCUCAUCUCCGGUUCGUUGCCCGAGUCUAUUGGUGCCCUGGGUAGUCUUCAGCUCUUGAAUCUCUCUCAUAAUGCCUUGGCUGGGAAGGUACCUGAAAAUUUGACAGCUUUGCAGAACUUAAGUGUUGUGUCUUUAAAGGGCAACUAUUUGUCAGGUAAUAUACCUAGCGGUUUCGAUUCAGUUGAGGCUCUGGAUCUGUCAUCGAAUCUGUUUAACGGGUCUCUCCCUUUGGAUCUUGGUGGUGUUCAUUUAAAUUAUUUGAACUUGUCUUACAACAAGAUUUCAGGGUCAAUAUCACCAGAGUUUGCAAAGAAACUUCCUCAGAAUGCCACUAUUGAUCUUUCAUUCAAUAAUUUAAGUGGGGCAAUUCCAGAGUCUGUAGCUUUGCUUAAUCAGAAAAUGGAGUUCUUUUCAGGUAAUUUUGAUCUAUGUGGGAAGCCAUUGAAAACCCUUUGCGCAGUUCCUUCAACACUUUCUACUCCUCCAAAUAUGUCCCAAUCCAUAUCACCAGCAAUUGCAGUGAUACCAAAUACAGUAGUCUCAACCCCGGUAACAAGCUCAUCACCGAACAACAUUCAAAACCAAGCACGAGGCAGUCUAAAACCAGGCACCAUAGCAGCCAUAGCUGUUGCAGACUUAGCUGGUAUAUCCAUUCUCGGCAUGAUCAUUCUUUACGUUUAUCAACUCAAGAAGCGAAAAGAUCAUCUCGACGAUCCAAGCACCGCAGCAACAAGCUGCAACGUCUUAAAACAACCGAAAGUCAUUGUCUCGAAAACAAAUGUGGAAUUAAGAACAAAAAUGCCACCACCACCACCAUCAUCGUCAUCAUCACCACCAUGUUCAUGUUCAUGCAUGAAGUUAAAACUGAUAGAAACAUCGGAGACUAACAGUUCUGAUAGUGACCUGGAAGAGAAAAACCAAGUCAUAAACGUGAACCAAAGACCAGGGAAGCUGGUGACAGUGGAUGGGGAAACAGAGUUGGAGUUAGAGACAUUGUUGAAGGCAUCGGCUUAUAUAUUGGGGACGAGUGGUUGGAGCAUUGUUUACAAGGCAGUGCUGGAGAAUGGGACUGCAUUUGCAGUAAGAAGGAUAGGGGAGAGUUCAGUGGAGAGGUUAAAGGAUUUUGAAAGCCAUGUUAGGAUGAUAGCCAAGUUGAGGCACCCAAACUUGGUAAAGAUUCGAGGGUUUUACUGGGGAGAUGCUGAGAAGCUUGUUAUCUAUGACUACGUCUCCAACGGCAGCCUCGCCUGCACCACUACCGCUUACAGAAGAUCAGGCUCAUCAUCAGUUUGGCAUUUACCUCUUGAAGCCCGUCUUAAAAUAGCAAGAGGAGUGGCUCGGGGACUGGCCUACAUUCAUGAAAAGAAACAAGUUCAUGGCAAUAUCAAACCAACCAACAUCCUUUUGGAUUCCAAUAUGGAGCCCAUAAUAAGUGAUCUGGGUCUAGACCGCCUUCUCUCUCGCAACGGCGCUACCUACAAACCAAACAAUUCUUCAUCAAUCAGGUUUCUAAGCAGCCAACGGUCCACAGCUUCUCGUGAUGCUCCAUCUGACCACCCCACAACCCCAACCAAUCCUAGCCCCCAUGCGGCUGCCACUUGUUCCACGCCCUAUCAAGCACUAGAAUCAUUGAAGAACCUCAAACCAAACCCCAAAUGGGAUGUCUACUCAUUUGGCAUGAUUUUGCUUGAGCUCCUCAGUGGGAGGGUGUUGUCGACGGGAGAGCUGGAGCAAUGGGCGGUGGCAGCUGCUUCAAUUGGGGAAGAAAAGAACCAGGCGGUUCGGUUGGGUGACAUGGCGAUAAAAGGUGACAUGGAAGGCAAGGAAGAAGCCAUUCUAACAUGUUUUAGAUUAGGGUUUAGUUGCGUAUCGGUUGUGCCACAAAAGAGACCGUCCAUGAAGGAAGCAGUUCAAAUCCUAGAGAAAAUCACUUGGUGCUGAUAAAAUGGUGCAACAGCUUCAGGCUGCUUUCGACUCUUUAUUAAACCCUUUUGUUGACUUAAAAUGCUUUGGGCAUAAGGAGACUAGAUAGAUAUUUUGUUGAAUGUUGAUAGUAGUCAAUGCAAGAACAAAUGUACUUGUUUAACCCAUUAAUCUAAUGCAUAACCACCACAUACUACUACCAUA